AUGGCGCGUAAGAAGGUGCGGCCGCGGCUGAUCGCCGAGCUGGCCCGCCGGGUGCGGGCCAUCCGGGAGCGACGGGAGCGGCCACGCGACUCCCAGCUCUACGCCCUGGACUACGAGACGCUGACGCGGCCGUUCUCGGGCCGCCGGCUGCCCAUGCGGGCCUGGGCGGACGUGCGCCGCGAAAGCCGCCUCCUGCAGCUGCUCGGCCGCCUCCCGUUCUUCGGCCUGGGCCGCCUCGUCACGCGCAAGUCCUGGCUGUGGCAGCACGACGAGCCGUGCUACUGGCGCCUCACGCGUGUCCGGCCGGACUACACGGCGCAGAACUUGGACCACGGGAAGGCCUGGGGCAUCCUGACCUUCAAAGGAAAGACGGAGAGCGAGGCCCGGGAGAUCGAGCACACCAUGUACCACGACUGGCGGCUGGUGCCCAAGCACGAGGAGGCGGCCUUCACCGCCUUCACGCCGAAGCCAGAGGAGGCACUGCGCGCCGUGCCCUACCCGCCGCUGCUUCGCGCCAUGAUCCUGGCGGAGCGACAGAAAAAUGGGGACGCCAGCACCGAGGAGCCCAUGCUGAGCCUGGAGAGAGUCCCUGUCCAACCCUGGGACUACCCUGAGAAGCAAGAGGCCAAGAAAAGGGCCAAAGGCACUCCUGUCUGA